AUGUCAGUUACCACAUUUUGUGCUGUACCAAAAACUGACAAGUGCAAUAUUUAUAUUUCAAAAAGGGCUCUCUCUGUGUUUAUAUUUUAUUUUUCUUUUUUUUUAUUCUUCCAAUUUUAUUUUGUAUGUCCAUCAUUUACUGUUAUCAUUCAUGAAAGUAAAAAAAAAAAAACUACCAUGAGAAGAAAGACUCCAAUACUACAAUUAUUUGAAAAUUGUAUAACAACAAAAAAAGAUGGAAAUUUUUAUUCUUCAAAAAGAUAUAUAACUAAUUAUUAUAAUGUCCCUUUAAAAAUCCAAAAAAAAAAUCAAGUGCCAAAUGUUAUGAAAUCUUUUUUUUAUGGACCUAAUGGAAAAUAUAAUUAUGUUACAAAUAUUAUUAAAGAAAAGAAUAAAACACCUUUUUCAUUUUUCUUAUAUAAUAAAUAUUUCUUAGAAAACGCACAGAUAAAAAAAUGUAAUUAUCAUCAAGAAAUUAAUAAAAUGAAUAUUAAAAAGGAUGGAAAUAAAAAAAUAUAUAUUAACACAAAAAGGGAUAUAAAUCAAGGUAAUAUAAAUCAAGGUGAUAUAAAUCAAAGUGAUAUAAAUCAAAGUAAUAUACAUCAAAGUGAUAUAAAUCAAGGUGAUAUAAAUCAAAGUGAUAUAAAUCAAAGUGAUAUAAAUCAAAGUGAUACAAAUCAAACCAAUGAAAAAAAAUGUGAAAAUUUUAAUGGUGAAAAAAAUCCAAAUGAUAGAGAUACAAAAAAAAUAUUAUAUUUAAUUAAUCCACGUGGAUUUUGUAAAGGUGUUAGUAGAGCUAUAGAAACAGUAGAAGAGUGCUUAAAAAUGUUUAAACCGCCUAUAUAUAUAAAACACAAAAUAGUUCAUAAUGAUAUUGUUUGUAAACGAUUAGAAGAAGAAGGAGCAAUAUUUAUUGAAGAUUUAAAUGAAGUUCCAGAUGAAAGUAUAUUAAUAUAUUCAGCACAUGGUAUUAGUCCUCAAAUACGAGAAAUAGCAAAAAAAAAAAAAUUAAUAGAAAUAGAUGCUACAUGUCCUCUUGUUAAUAAAGUACAUGUAUAUGUAAAAAUGAAAUCUAAAGAAAAUUAUGAUAUUAUUCUUAUAGGAUAUAAAAAUCAUGUAGAAGUUAUAGGUACAUAUAAUGAAGCACCACAAUGUACACAUAUUGUUGAAAAUAUUAAUGAUGUAGAUAAAUUAAAUUUUAAAGCAAAUAAAAAAUUAUUCUAUGUAACACAAACAACAUUAAGUAUGGAUGAUUGUAAACUUAUUGUUCAAAAACUUAAAAACAAAUACCCACAUAUUGAAACAAUACCUAGUGGAUCCAUAUGUUAUGCAACAACAAAUAGACAAACAGCUCUUAAUCAAAUAUGCAAAAAAUGUGAUCUAACAAUAGUUGUUGGUAGUACUUCAUCAUCUAAUGCAAAAAAAUUAGUUUAUUCAUCACAAAUUAGAAAUGUACCAGCUGUAUUACUUAAUACAGUAAAUGAUUUAGAUCAUCAGAUACUUCAUAAUGUUAAGAAAAUCGCAUUAACAUCAGCAGCAUCAACACCAGAAGAAGAAACACAAAAAUUUGUGAAACUACUAACAAAUCCUCCAUUUAAUUAUACCUUACAAAUUUUUGAUGGUGUUCAAGAAAAUGUACCCAAAUGGAAGCUUCCAAAAAAUCUCAUGGACAUGAUAAAACAAAGGGAACAAUGA